UCCUCACACGAGAGACGAUCUUUGUGCGGUCCGCUGGUAUAUUAUCUUGUUGUGGUCCGUCUCCGUCUUUAUUUCGAAAAAUGUUUAAAACGUGUCUUUCCGGGCUGAGAAAUGUCUCCAGGAGACAACAGGUGCUCUCUGCGGCUACUGCAAGGCUGCAGCACACUCAGGCCGAGCAGCUCGGGAUGUCCGUCCCCUCGUACCGUCCAGAGACCUCCAGCGCCAAAUCCCUGAUGGACAUCGGGACCCGCAGGAUCUUCAACGAGGAUCAUGAUCUCUUCAGACAAAACGUCCGCCGCUUCUUUCAAGAAGAAGUGGUCCCUUACCACAAGGAGUGGGAGAAGGCGGGUCAGGUGAGCAGGGAGUUGUGGGAGAAGGCUGGUGAGCAAGGCCUGCUGGGAUUGCUGAUACCAGAGAAGCACGGGGGUGUCGGAGGAGACAUGUUCUGCUCUGCUAUCAUGGCCGAGGAGCAAAUGUACUGCAACUGCUCAGGCCCUGGUUUCACCUUGCACUCAGACAUCGUGAUGCCCUACAUCAGCAACUACGGUAGCAAGGAGCAGAUCGAGCGCUUCCUUCCCGAGAUGUCUGCUGGGAAAUGCAUCAGCGCCAUUGCCAUGACGGAGCCCGGAGCAGGCAGUGAUCUACAAGGUGUGAGGACGAACGCCAAGAGGGAUGGCAGCGACUGGAUCCUCAACGGCAACAAGGUGUUCAUCACAAACGGUUGGAUGGCCGACCUGGUGGUGGUCGUGGCUGUGACGAACCGCGAGGCAAAGUCGAUGGCGCACGGCAUCAGUCUGUUCCUGGUCGAGAAUGGCACGAAGGGCUUCCAGAAGGGACGCAAGUUGGAGAAGAUCGGUCUAAAAGCCCAGGACACUGCUGAGCUGUUUUUCGAGGACGUGCGGCUUCCAGGCAACGCCAUCUUGGGGGAACCCAACAAGGGAUUCUACUACCUGAUGAAUGAACUGCCUCAGGAGCGUCUGGUUAUUGCUGUCAUGGGUCUUGCGAGCUGUGAGUUCAUGUUUGAGGAGACCAGGAACUACGUGUUGCAGAGGAAGGCUUUCGGCAAGACCAUCUCUAACUUGCAGACUGUUCAACACAAACUGGCGGAGAUGAAGACUGAGAUCUGCGUGGGCCGAGCCUUCGUCGACAACUGCCUGCAGCUGCACGCAGAGAAACGCCUGGACCCCGCCACGGCCUCCAUGGCCAAAUACUGGGCGACUGACCUCCAGGGCAGGCUGGCCACCCAGUGCCUGCAGCUCCAUGGAGGCUGGGGCUACAUGUGGGAAUACCCCAUCGCUAAGUCGUUUGUGGACUCUCGUGUUCAGUCCAUCUACGGAGGGACCAACGAGAUCAUGAAAGAGCUGAUCGCCCGCUCCAUCGUCAGCCAGAAGUGAGACACUUGGAUGUUUUCACGGUGGAGAGGCACUUGGGGAAAGUGGGCUGGUUUGCACAAAUGAUUGUUAGCUGAGAGUUAGAUAAGAUGUUACAGAUUUUAGUGUAAUCGUGCUCAAAUUCUUUGAAUCGGGAUUAUAGCAAAAGAAGAAGAAGCACUUUGUUCCUCUUACAAAUGAAAUGUUUUGGAGGUUUUGCAGCGACAGCCAGGGCACCAGACUAAAUGUUACGUUUUGCCACCGUCCCAAAAAAAUCAUAUAUGCUAAUGUAGCAUCGAUUAAAGCAAGAAAAAAUUAACUGGCCGUUGCAGUCGUUUGGUCUGGUACAACAGGUAGCUUCUUGCGGUUAACUCUAACUAAUAUUGUCAAACUUUAAACAGACUUUACUGAUUAACGGUCAUCACUGAUUAAGUUGGACUCCUUCCUGCUCACUCUGCGCUACAGAUUAGUUAGACAGUGAAAUGAAACUGGGUUUUCCAGGCCGUGGUGCUCAUCGCUGCUGCUGUACAGGGUUGAUUGUCGAUUGAACGUUGAUAAUUGCACGACACUUUCUCAACAAAUGCGUCUUUAAGAACCUCACAUCAAAUUUGAGUCGCUUUUUUUAAAAAACUUUGGUAUAAUAAUCACUUAUUUUUAUGCCUGUUCCUGUAGAUGUACAACUCACUGCAGUGUUAAUUGUAUAUAUUCACAUUGAAUUUUCCAGAUUCCAGCUAAAAUGCACUUAAAAGUAUUUUUGUAGGUGUUAAUUGCUUUUGUACAAUACGUCGUUAGAGAAGAGAUUCAUUUUUCAGAUCUAUGUGCCUUGAUGUUAUAUUAGUUACUGUUUUGCAUCAUAUUAAAGUGUCUGACUUUACAGCAGAUGUCAAAAUGUG